AUGGACAUCAACGAGUCACUACAGAACUCUGCGUACAGAAGUGGCAAGAUCAGGUUCGAACCACCUCCAAAAAAUGACUUCUGGGGGGCUGCUGUUUAUCUCGUUCCUCACCCUGACCCAAGACGAAAGUCGGAGCUCGUCGAGAUUUCUGUCCGCCUAGACAAACGCGUGCCAGAAGGCUUCACAAGGAGUCCUGUGUGUAAGGACCGCCGUCAUCCCACUGUGGCGACGCUAUAUCCAAUGGCCCUUGAGUUUGGGAUCAUGUUGGAGGAAAACUCGAUGAAGAUCUUGAAAUCAAUGACCGGUACAGUUGGCGAGAGAAAACUAAAACUCGAGAUCAAUCUGCGACAGAAAAAACUAACAGCAUUCUUUCCCAUGGAGAUCAUGACUCGGGGCGGAAGAGGUGUCAGGCAACACAAAGUUGUUAUUGACUUUUUCGCCAUGAAGAAUAUCUACCAAGCGACAACCGACGGUGACAGCUGUGCCAUUGUGCUUCCCCUGGAGAUACCUCCUCGGUACUAUUGGAGGACACCCAACAUACGCUCUACUUUUUCCGACGACGUCAAGACUUGGUACGCCGGAGACAGCUGGAAUCGAGCCACAGACAUCGUCGAAGAGGCUGGCCUGCCUAUGCAAUCUCCCAUCUCUCUGAAUAACGACUUCAAAGGCUCCGACUUUAUCGAUAUUGGUCGCUGGACCACUCUUCGAUUUGUACUUGAAGCGAAAACCGAAGAGGCCAAGGACCUCAAUCGUCAAAUGGUCAGCGCGUUGCACGAUUUCAACAUUAACACCAUAAUUCGGGACGACUUUCAAGCCGCUCAUGGAACACAUGCAGAAAUGUGGAAGCACUUGGAUCAUCAUGCCUCUGCCAAGAGCCAUAACGCCAGUCACGCUCUGAGCCUGUUGCACGAGGAUUCAUUUGUCUACCUCCCUUUCGAAGUCCGGUAUCAGCUCGAAGUUUGCAUCUCUCAGGGACAGCUUAACGAACACAAGAUCACCAAGGAGUUUCUCGGCAAGUUGGCUAGUAUGCCAUCGCAUAGAGCCAAAGAGUACCUCGAGUUUGCAGCCGAGCGAGUACUGAAGGAUGGCCACCCAACGACAACAGACCCUAUGUCUACCUUUGAUUCCCAGCGCGAUAGCGGAGAUAAUUACAAAUCAAUUUCGCGAAUUCCUCAAUACUGUGGCCUUGUCCGGAGGGCCGUCAUCACUCCAACUACAGUCCGGUAUUCCACUCCCAAUAUCGAGGUGUCCAACAGGGUUAUGCGACGAUUCAGACACAUCCAGGAUCGUUUUCUCAGGAUACAAUUCACCGAAGAGAUGGAGAAAGGGAAGAUCACAGUGAACAAGGAUCAAAAUGACGAGAUCUACAAGAGGAUUUUGCGUACAAUGUAUGAGGGCAUUCGUAUUGGCGACCGCUUGUACGAAUUCCUUGCAUUCGGCAAUUCACAGCUCAGAUCGAACGGUGCAUACUUCUUCUGUCCCACGGAAUAUGUCUCUUGCGACGAUAUACGCCAGUGGAUGGGUCAGUUCAGUCACAUAAAAGUCGUGGCAAAAUAUGCUGCCCGACUUGGCCAGUGUUUUUCCACUACUCGCGAUGUUCGCGGCAUUUCUUCCCCAAACUGUCUUCAGAUACCCGACGUUGAAAGAAACGGCUACUGUUUCACUGACGGUGUUGGUAAGAUAUCCGUAUUUCUUGCCAAGCUGGUGGGCGAGGAUAUGGCUAUAGACAUUUGCGCCGACCCUUCCGCCUUUCAGUUUCGCAUGGGGGGCUGCAAGGGUGUACUUGCUGUUUGGCCCGAAGACGCCAAAGGCACGGAGGUACAUGUUCGCGAGUCACAGAAGAAGUUCGAGUCCGACUCCAAGGGUCUCGAGAUCAUCCGCUGGGCUAGAUAUGCGACAGCGACAUUGAAUUUACAAACUAUCCUGAUUUUGGAAUGCCUUGGAGUACCCAUUCGGUCAUUUACAACCUUGCUUGAUCAGCAGCUGAGGCAGUAUGAGCUGGCUAUGAGGGACAAUGAUGUCGCAAUCGAGAUGUUGGAGAGAUUUCGUGAUGAGCAGCACAAUCACUCCUGCCUUGCCGACCUGCUCAGGGCUGACUUCAAGACCGAAACCUUUCAGGAGCCAUUUGUCGUCAACGUCAUCAAUCUUUGGCAGUCAUGGUCUAUCAAGUCGUUGAAAGAGAAAGCCCGCAUCCAUGUGCCGAAGAGCGCCUUUGUCCUCGGCUGUGUUGACGAGACAGGCACUCUCCGAGGUCAUUCUUUUGACACAGAAGGGUCCAAAGAAAAAGACGUCCAUCGGCUUCCGCAGAUCUUCCUCCAGAUCAGUGACCCAAAGAAAUACAACAAGACUUCCAUCAUUCGUGGACCAUGUGUCGUGGGACGAAAUCCAUCACUCCAUCCAGGAGAUAUUCGCGUUGUCGAAGCAGUGGAUUGCAAGGCACUACAUCACCUUACGGAUGUUGUUGUGUUCCCAUCGACCGGAGAUCGACCUGUGCCGAACAUGCUGUCUGGUGGCGAUCUCGACGGAGACGACUUUUUUGUCAUAUGGGAUCCAAGCUUGAUGCCCAGUGAGUGGAAUCAUCCACCGAUGAACUACUCACCUCUGGAUCCCAUUGAGCUAAAACGUGAUGUUAAUGUUGACGAUCUCAGAAACUUCUUUGUCAAGUACCUGAAGAACGACAAACUCCCACUAAUUGCAAUGUCCCACAGAGCCUUUGCAGAUGAAUUGGGUCCAAAAUCAUCAAAAUGUCUAGAGCUUGCAGAGUUACACUCCAAAGCAGUGGACUACCCUAAAACUGGCAACCCGGCGGUUUUAAGACAAGAUCAACAACCUCGCAAAUGGCCUCACUGGAUGGAGAAGAGGUAUUCAUAUCACUCUAGGAAAGCCCUCGGGGUUAUUUACGACAAAGUCGCUCACAAGAAAGUUGAGUUCAACCCCGUCUGGGAUAGCUCGUUCGACAAGCGAAUCACCAAAAGGUUUGAACUUGACAACGAGACUCUCGGAGUGGCAAGGAAGAUCAAAGCCGAGUACGAUACAGCUGUGCGCCGGGUUUUAAGCCAGAACGCCCUAAAGACUGAGUUCGAGCUCUUUACUAGCUUUCCCCUGACCAGGCCCGCGGUUGGUUCGGACUACAAGUUUGCAGAGGAUCUCAGCUGUGAGUUUCGCAGCAUCAAAGAACAUUACCAAGACGUGUGUAUUAAGGCCGCGGGUGGAAAGGAUGCUGAGAAACUUGAGCCAUUUGUUGCAGCCAUGUACACCGUCACUGAGGAGCAAAUCAAGAAUGAAGAAUCCAUUCUGCAGCCUCAAGGGUUGGAACCAAAGUCAAUGCCGCUUAUCAGCUUCCCCUGGAUCUUCCAUGGGGUGAUGUGUCGCAUUGCAACUGAGGGCGCCGUUGAUCCCAGGACCAAUAUAGGCACACAUCGAACGACCCAACAGUCUUUCAUUCGCGAUAGCACGGUACCUCAAAACCCCAGCCCGGCGGGUGACACCGAACCAAUCGAUGUCCGCGUUCUUGAAGAGGGCAUAGGUGACGGAGCUCUGGAUCUAAUCGACUCGCAGCAGGAUGAGGAUUCGGAGGAAGACGAUGCCAUCGAUCGCUUGAACGACUUGAUCGAUGGGUAA